AUAUCCAAAAAUAUGUCUCCAUUAAGUCAAUUCUUCAAGCAAUCCCUCCGCGAGCCCGAAAUCGUUCCACUCAUGGCAAUCUUAGGAGUCGCCUUCGCCAGUGCUGGCUAUGUCGGCCUCCAUCAAGCAAAAGCACCCGAUGUUGUUUGGAACCACAAGCAAAAUCCUGAACCUUGGCAACAAGUCAAACAGGGUGAUCAAGUAAAAUUGGCUGCCUUCAACCAGAAAUACGAUGAAAAAUUCACUCGUAAAGAAUGGUAAUAUCACAACAGUUUUUCAGUUGUGUUACUGUCCAUAAUGUAUAUAAUUCCCUCUGU